UCUACCCAAAUUGUGUGGUUGGGAGUGACCGCGCGGUGAGGUUCCUCGUGGAAACGGGCGUCGUUGGAGAGGGUAUUGGAGUACGUGUGACUAGUCAGUGAUCUAGGUCUAAAGCUGUAUAUUCCAUCAAUCAAAGUGAAUUAUCCAUCAUCAUGGUCCAACCUGCAAAGGCUGCCAAAAUGAAUCAGUCGUCAAACAAGCAAGCCGCAUUCAAAGACAAGACGAAACCGGCGGAAAUUAGAAGCAGCAGUAUUACGGCCGCCAAAGCUGUUGCUGAUGCCAUCAGGACAAGCUUAGGACCAAAAGGAAUGGAUAAAAUGAUUCAAGAACCUAAAGGUGAUGUAACAAUCACAAAUGAUGGAGCAACAAUCCUGCAACAAAUGAAGCUAGCACACCCUGCAGGAAAAAUGCUGGUGGAGCUGUCGAAGGCGCAGGACGCCGAGGCCGGCGACGGCACCACGUCUGUGGUGAUCCUGGCCGGAGCCCUGCUGGACGCCUCUCAGAAGCUGCUUGAGCGGGGCAUCCACCCCACGGCCAUCUCGGAGGCCUUCCAGGCGGCCGGCCAGAAGUGCACCGAGAUCCUGUCCGAUAUGGCCACGCCCGUCGAGCUGUCGGACCGCGACAGCCUGCUGAAGUCGGCCGCCACCUCGCUCAACUCCAAGGUUGUGCACCAGCACGCGGGGACGCUGGCCGCCACCUCUGUUGAUGCCGUCCUCAGCGUCGUCGACCCGACCAAGGACACCAACGUCGACCUCAAGGACAUCAAGAUCAUGAAGCGGCUGGGCGGCGUGGUGGAGGACACGGAGCUGAUAGACGGCGUGCUCUUCGACCAGAAGGGCGGCGGCUUUGGCGGCCCCACCCGCGUGGACAAGCCCAAGAUCGGCCUCAUCCAGUUCUGCAUCUCGCCUCCCAAGACUGACAUGGACAACCAGGUGGUGGUGUCCGACUACGCGGCCAUGGACCGCGUGCUGCGCGAGGAGCGCCAGUACCUGCUGAACAUCGUCAAACAGAUCAAAAAGGCCGGCUGUAAUGUGCUGCUGGUGCAGAAGUCCAUCCUCAGGGACGCCGUCAGCGACCUGGCGCACCACUUCCUGGCCAAGAUGAAGAUCAUGGUGGUGAAGGACGUGGAGCGCGAGGACGUGGAGUACGUGUGCAAGAGCCUGAACAUCCGGCCGGCGGCCUCGCUGGACCACUUCACGGCCGACGUGCUGGGCUCGGCCGAGCUGGCCGAGGAGACGCAGGCCGGGCCGAGCAAGAUGGUCAAGAUCACGGGCAUCCAGAACCGCGGCCGCACCGUCACUGUGCUGCUGCGCGGCAGCAACAAGCUGGUGCUGGAGGAGGCCGACCGCUCCCUGCACGACGCCCUCUGCGUUAUCCGGUGCCUGGUCAAAAACAGGGCGCUGAUCGCGGGCGGCGGCGCGCCAGAGAUGGAGAUGACGCUGCGUCUCUCCGAGUUCUCGCACUCUCUCACCGGCGUGGAAGCCUACUGUUUCCGGGCGUUCGCCGAGGCCAUGGAGAUCAUCCCGUACACGCUGGCCGAGAACGCCGGCCUCAACCCGAUCGCCACCGUCACCGAGCUGCGCAACCGACACGCCAAGGGCGAGAAGAACGCUGGCAUCAACGUGCGACGUGGCAAGAUCACCAACAUCUUGGAGGAGAACGUGGUCCAGCCGCUGCUGGUGUCCGUGUCGGCCAUCACGCUGGCCGCCGAGACCGUCUGCUCCAUACUCAAGAUCGACGACGUGAUCAACGUGGUCAACUGAGGCGUGGCCGGAGCUGCUGCCGUGGCUGCUGGCGUCGCCGACUCCACCCAUGUUGCCGUGUGAUUCGUCGCCUCUGUUGGGGCCGCACGGCGCCCUAACCGGCCCGUAUUGAUUAACGUUACUCUUUCUGCACGUCAUCGCGCGCUGUCCUUAAUACAGUGUAACACACUA